UCGCGGGUGAAGCGCGGCGCGAGCAUCUUCCCUUAAAAUUUAAACCAAAUUCUUCUUAAAUUCAAACUAAAUCAAUAUCUGCUUAUGGAUAUCGGGAACGCAAAGUGUCGAAAACGAAUUAAACAUUGGAAAAGAAGCGCCCGCAGUAAUAUGCUAUAAGAUUUGGUUUAUAUCUGUCGGAAAAACGUUCUUUCAUUAAAUUCUGGUACAGGGUGACAGACGCCAAGGACUCUUUCUGUUUUCGCGGGUGCAAGUGACGCGCGGCGCGCGCAGCUUCCCUUAAAAUUUAAACCAAAUUCAAUAUCCAAGUCAAUAUCUGCUUUGUAUAUCGGGAUCGCAAAAUGUCGAAAAUGAAUUAAACAUUGGGAAAGAAGCGCCCGCAGUAAUAUGCUAUAAGUUUUGGUUUACAUAUAUCUGGCGGGAAUCCGAAUCUGGCACAGGGUGCUCUCUUGGACAGAUGACAAAGAGUGCGUGAGCUUCGCAUAUGCGGCUUUGCAUGUUACAUACAUAUGUACGAUUAUGUAGAUGUAUGAUUUUUUUUAAAUUUUUGUUCAGUGCUUUAAAGUGAAGUAUUUAAGUAUCUUUGGUGAAAAAUAAGUGUAUAUGUGCGAAUAUAAUUCAUUUUUUUAAUAUUUUUUUCUGUGCUGUGAUGUGAUGGUACAUAUACAUAUGUAAGAGCUAAUGUUGAUACUAGCAAUGUCAAAUAUUCAUAUAUCUGAUUUGUACAUAAUUUUUUUUUGCGUGAUAUCGAAAAUAAAUGUAUUUGUGUACAUAAUACGACGGGUUAAAGGAUUUAAAAUUCACCUUUAAAAAUACCUAAAAGACGGGUAAGUCCCCCUUUGUUAAUUUUUCUUAUUUCUUAAAAUUUGGUAACAACUUGAAUAUUUUGAACUGUUAAGGUUAAAAUAACGUGUAUAUAAACUGUAAAGUUCUCUUGUGGUUCAAGUCCACGGCACAACAGGUGUGUGUGCUCCCGCUCUUAAUUCUUUGCCAUAUCUAUUAUUUAACGCAAAACAAAUAGUAUUGAGUGGGAACAGUUAGAACAGUAUUGAGUGGGAACAGUUUCUCUUCACUUCCUCAUAGCCCCUUAAAGCCAAGUUCAUUGUCGUGUGUAAAUAGAGAGCAACAGGUGUUUUUUGUAAGUGGGUUCUCGUUGGGUAAGGUCAGUACCGCAUCGUUCUAUAAAUGUCUGUGCUGCAUGGUUUGCGGCUUCAGUUCCUUGAAGUUCACAUUACAGGCCAGUCAAGAUCGCGAUGCAAGGCGUGCUGCUUCCACUGAUGAUGUGGAUUAUUUGGCUUUCGGAGAUCCAAACUGAGGAGCUCGACUCACGUCGGAGUCCCCGCGUGGUGGGCGGCCAUCCGAGCGACGUUCAGAAUCUACCGUACAUGGUCAACAUCCGUAGGCGUGGCAACUUCCAGUGCGGCGGAUCCCUGGUCACUCCUCAUUGUGUCUUAACCGCCGCCCACUGCCUGAAAGAUGGUCAAACCUCCGACUUUGUGGUCCGUGGCGGGGUCACUUAUCUAAGUGACAUGCGGAAUGCCCGCUAUGUGAGGAAAAUACUGCUCCCUUCGGCCUACAGUAGCAGCACUUUGGAUCACGAUGUGGCCCUGUUGCAGCUUCAGAAUCCUCUCCAAGCGUCCGUUGCACAGCCCAUCUCGUUGGCCUUAAGGUCCCCUCGCCCAGGGACCUUUGUUCGAGUUUCCGGCUGGGGAUUGACCGACGACAGCUCCACUUUGCUGCCCAAUCAGCUGCACAGCGUCCACGUCCGAGUGAUGCCUCAGCGAGAAUGCCGGAAUUUGUAUCGGGGAUAUCGAAACAUAACAGCCAGUAUGUUCUGUGCUUCGAUUCCGGGCUACAAGGAUGCCUGUGCAGCCGAUUCCGGCGGUCCGGUGGUGAACUCCAGUGGUUUCCUGGUGGGCGUGGUCUCGUGGGGAAGGGCGAAUCGUUGUGCCGCCGCCGAUAGUCCCGGGGUUUACUCCGACGUGAGUUACCAGUCCGACUGGAUAGCCGAAAAUAUUCAUAGGUACUGCUAGUUACCCUUCGAAACU